AUGUGCUUUUCCAAGAAGCAUAACACAAAGGGACUGAAGAUGAUGAAGGCCAAAAACGCCAAGUCCAUGAGCACACAUGUUGAGGCUAUCAAGGUCCUUGUAAAGCAUAAGGUCAAGCCCAAGGUCCCUCAAGGCUGCAAUCACAAUGUCAGUGGACUCAUCUAUACUGCUCACCUCAGGUUUGGGAAAUGUGUCCGUGCCCACAUCACCAAGGGUCUCUUGCUCUGUCAGCCAAAGGUCAAGGCCAAGGCUCAAAGCAAGCCCCAGGCUGCAGAUGCAGAUGCAGAUGUGGGUACAGCUCCGGCUACAUACAGCUCAGCCCAAGUCCCCAUGAAGUCUUCAUAG